AACACACACACACACACACUCACACUUUCUCUCUCUAGAAAUGGAAGAUGAUCAAAGGGAACUACAGCUCCUCCCUACACCGCCGCACAACAGAGCCGCCUACUCACGUGCCUCGCCAUGGCGAUCGGAUUCAAUGAGAUACCGAUCAGAUAACAUCCAGUUUCCUUUAGAGAGUACUACUGCUCCGUCUCUCGACCUGCAGUUAUCGAUUAGUCUCCGGCCAAUCCAGCAGCCGACGUCAGAUCACUGUAUGCUGGUGGAGUCGUUUGGUUGCAGAGACUCAAAAAGUGACAACGGACGAGUGGAGGCGCUGAAAUGGCAAGCCGCGGAUCAAAUACGGAUAGCGACAAUGGAGAAAGCGUAUGCAGAGCGUGUGAGGGAGAUGACGAAGCGCGAGAUGGAACUGGCGCAAUCUGAAUUCUCACGUGCACGGCACAUGUGGGAACGAGCACGAGAGGAGGUGGAGAGAGUAGAGAAGAUGAAGGAAAGGGCGACGCGCCGGAUUGAUUCGACUUGUAUGGAGAUCACCUGUCAAGCUUGCAGGCAAAAAUUUCGACAUUGAUUGAUUAUUAAUUAAUGAAUAUCUCAAUUAAUC